CACAGACAAAGCCAGAAAUAUGUUUUCCAUGUGCUCAAAGGUUAAGCCAAGGAGUGAAGAUUCCACCUCGACGCCAUCACAACAACAAUUGCAACUGCAGCAGCAGCCCUCGGGCACCGGAGGAAAGCAAAUUAAAGGAGGUUACCUGCUGCGCUAUAAAAAGCAAAUGCUGUGGAAUCGAUGGGCUGAGGAGUGGGUUAUACUGUACGAUGACUCUACCAUGGCGUGGUUUACGGAGCCGGGGCGUUCCUCACCUUCGGGAAAGAUACUGGUCAAGGAGGCGCCAGAGAUGCUAGCCAUUGCCCAUUGGACAGGGCAGAUACCACGUCGUCCUCCACUGCCCGAUGGAGUCAGUGUUUCACAGCUUAUUGCUCUGGGCUCGAGGCGUAAGAGAUCCAAGGUUUAUUGGAUGCUGGCCAAGUCGGAGCAAGAGGUAAGCGACUGGAUUGAUGCCAUAACCAAAACUCUGCCACCGCCUCCACAAAUUGAACUGGUGGUGGACAAGCCACAUCUGAUGAACGUGCUUCGGCGUCCGCUUGUGCGCAUUAGACCGGCGACCAACUCGGAGGUGAAGCAGCGUAAAUCCAGCAGACAUCAUCGCAGCACCUCGACGGCUUUAACCACACAGCGAAUGUUGUACAAUCAAAAUCCAUUAGUGAAGAGCGAUGCAGCAGUGGCCAUUCUGAGCAAGAAACCGGACUCGAAGGCAUCGCUGGCCUGUGUUUUGCCCUGGGGACACGGCUGGGGCUGGGCCACACUGCCCAAUGGAGUUUGGAGCGGUGGCCUCACCUGGUCCCAGUGCGAAGACACAUUUACGCUCCACGCACUGCCCACCACGCACUGCACAAAUCUCAUCGAUACGUCGUGCAGUGGCGCCGUCUAUCACACGGACAUUGGAGGAUUCGAUUUCCAUUCCACGGGAGUCGAUGAUCUUGGAGGCGAGGACUUUGACUAUGCCAUGGAUUGUGGCGACUUCAUAUUCUAAGUCAUCAAUUUCCCACACAAAAGCAACAGCAACAGUUAAACCCACCCAAUGAAAAGUGUAACGAAAAAAGAAGUAGAAAAUCAGAAGAA